AUGAAAAACAAACUCAACCAAGAGGUAUCUUCUCCGUCGGGAAGACGACAGCACGAGACAACCCAGGAGAAGAACACUAAGGAAGAUGUCACAGUAAGGGUUGAUCUGGAUAAAGAUGUGAAUAAGACUAUAGAAGCAGAAGAAUAUCCAGUACCAUCUGCUCUGGACGAAACAAAGAAUCCCAUUCCUUCCAUCGAUGAAAUUAUAACAAGGGCCAGUGCACCAGCUUCAGAGUCGUCGAGUGAUACAGAAAAACUAGAGAUCAUUGCAGCUGUUGCAGAAGAAGUUGAGAAAAACCCAGAGGUGGUUGAAGCAGUCCCUUUAAGCAUAAUUCCACCCGAUUGGAAUGCUGCUUCUACCACGGUCGUCUACUCAUCUUUGGACAAAAAUGAGUUUACCACGCCACCGCCUGCAAUCUCAAAGAAAGCUGAAGUACUUGAUGAAGGGUUAACAAAGACAGUGGAAAAGAAUUUCUUGUUUGAAUUUGGAAAAAUUGUUUGGGCAGACAGGACAGCAUUCUAUUCCAUGAGAGAAGGCACAUGGAUAGAAAACAGCAUCAUAGAUGCUUGGGCUGUCAUCCUAAACAAAGAAGAAGCUAAAAGUGACUCCCUAAGUCGGAUAUUCUUUGGUGUUUCCGCAUUUGAUACAAUCAGUCGCUACUAUGAACAGGAUAGUAACAAGGAGGAAAUCGAGUUCACGUUCUAUGAGAGGUUGGCUCUUGAACUAGAAGAACAAGGACUCAGUGUAGGAUCCCUGAUAGUGGCAAAAGCCGUCUACUUCCCAGUACACUACCGAGAACAUUACUUCUUGUAUGUGUUGCUGGUUCAAGAAAAGAAAGUCCUUGCAUUCAACAAUCUUCAUGCAAAAGAUCUGGACUACUACAAGCCAACAAAAGAUCUACUUUUUCAGUUCUUUAAAAUGUACAUUCAAUGUGUGUUUCCAAACAUAGAACUGGUCAAUGCUCAGUUCACCUUCACAGAGGUUACGCUACCAUCGCACAACGACAAAAAGCCGAAUGCGGAAGAUUGUGGAAUAUUCACAAUGCACCACAUGGAGAAGUAUGAUGGUGGUGACUACGAGGACGGUACUACUUCGGAUUUGCACACAGGAAACAUCAAAGAGUACCGGUGGAGAUACAUGUUAAAAAUCCUUAUGCACCCAUCCAACAAAAAUAAGGACAAAAUCCUCAAAGCAAUGCACCAGUUCUACACAAAUACUGUUGAAGAAGAACCAAAAGAAAAUCCAGAUCAUGUUGAUUUGAGCAGCAAAUCUUACUACAAUGACAAAAAAAUUCAGGGAUGGGUUAAAUGA